UAACCGCAUGCCCUCAACACCAUCUGCACCCAUUGGCCUCAAGGAAAUGCGGUUAAUUACUGGCCUGCGGUCUUGAUUGACGCAACCAGUAGUCGAAAUUGGCAUCAUCUUAUAUCCCGUGCUCUCAUUAUCGGUGCUGCAGAGUAGCGUGUUGUCUGCAUGUGUCUUGCCUGUCCGUGCUAUAAUGGUGAUACUGGAUGCCGUUCCGCUUUUUCUUCGCUAUGUUUGAUUCGUUCAUGAAUAUAGAUUCAUCAAUGUAAUAUAUUUACAUUCGGAGGCCGAAUACUAUACCCUGUAGCCUGCACUGAUCCUGAUCACUCAUGUCGGCCAUGGAAUCGGGUGCGUGUCGGAGGCGAUCCAGGCGUCAUGAUUGCAGCCCGUCUAUAUGAUGGGGAUCAUAUGAGAACGUAGAUGAAUGCUGGAAUCAGACCAUGCACAUCGUAUGCAUCUGCCCAAUCAUUCCGUGAAUUGCAUUGUCGAGUGAGAACUUGAUUUGAACCAGUGUCCCACUCAGACUUCGAUCGAUUAGCCAGACGGAGAAUUGUCACUACGCUUAAUCUCUCGUCUAAUAGCUGGAUCUUACAUCGGAAGACCAAGCCCUUGCCACUUGAUAUCGUUCCUGCAGACGUACACGAGGCGAAUAGCUUAUAUAAACUGUUCACUAUAAGUGUACAAGUUCCUCUCAAUCUGAUCCUCGAUUGGCCCACGUCAAUCUUCAGACGCUAGUAUCGCACCAUGUCUAGCAAAGCGUUGUGAUGAGACUAGGAAUUACCCUGUUCGUAAACACAUUUGAUAUCUUCGUUUCGGCGGUGGGGAACAUGCUCUUCGACUCGUCUUCAUCUCCUGAUAUUACGUUAAUUGCAUCAUCGCGACUCCAAGUUACGAACUUCUCCCGAAAGUCUCAGGCCCAACCAACCGGUGGCUCCUGGCAUUGCCACUCAAGCUGUAGAUUAGCAACAUACUAUAGCUCCAUAUGGUAGUGCUAUUUCAUUGUUCUGCUGCUAUCGAUUACCUCCUGGAGUUGGUUCCAGUGAGACGGUAUCGUCUCGUAUGUUACGGAGCAGAUAUGGAUUCUUCCGAGCAUUAAUAUGACUUUGAGCUCCUGAGAUAAUACUAUCAGGAAGAAUGACGAUACAGAAAGGUAUAAAUAUGUGCCAAAGUCUCGUUCUUCCGCAUCCAAUCGAACACCAACCCAUCAUUGAGUUCUUCAAACCCAGCCAACAUCGUCCCUGACAAUAUGAAGUUCUCCACAGUUCUUGCCAUUAUCGGCCUCUCAAGGUUGGAAAAUGAGUACCACACAUUGACAACAAGCUGACUUGCCCCCGCAGCAUCGCGGUUGCCCAAAGCGAGGCUCCAAAACCGAGUGUGUCCAAACCAGUUGACCCUCCCUUUCCCACUAAGUAA